GCGAAAUUUGGAGUCCCCGGAGAACCGUCUGUGGAUUCGGAAGACAUUUAGUGACGGACAUGCUUCCUUCUCAGGAUAUUGCAGCAUGAAGAAGGAGCAAGUUGUCCACUGUCAGUUCUCGGUUUGGUAUCCGAUAUUUAAGAAACACACGAUAAAAAGUCUGGUCCUCCCACUGCCUCAGAAUGUAAUAGACUAUUUACUGGACGACGGGACACUGGUAGUUUCUGGAAGUGAUCACAACUCUCAGCCGAUACAAACCUCAGAUGCUGAGGAAGACAUCCAGUGGUCAGAUGAUGAGACAACAGCCACAGCCACUGCGCCUGAAUUCCCAGAAUUCACUUCUGCAGUGCUGGAGGCCAUAAACGCCCUGGGUGGGCGUGUCUUCCCCAAACUCAACUGGAGCGCUCCGCGGGAUGCCAACUGGAUCGCUCUGAACAGUUCGCUGCAGUGCUGCAGCCUCAGCGACAUUUUCCUGCUCUUCAAAAGCUCCGACUUUAUCACCCACGACCUCACACAGCCAUUCCUCCAGUGUAGCGACCAAGACUCUCCAGAUCCAGUCAUCAGUUAUGAGCUGGUGUUGAGGAAGUGGAGUGAGCUGAUCCCUGGUGGAGAGUUUCGCUGCUUCGUCAAAGAAAACAAGCUGAUUGCGAUCUCCCAGAGGGACUACACACAGUACUACCAGCACAUCCUGAAGCAGGAGGAGCUGAUCUCCCAGGCCAUCCAGGAGUUCUUCAGCCAGCACGUCCAGUACAACUUCCUGGACGAAGACUUUGUGUUUGAUGUGUACAGAGAUAGCCAGGGAAGGGUUUGGCUCAUAGACCUGAACCCAUUCGGAGAAGUGACCGACUCUCUGCUCUUCAGCUGGGAUGAGCUGAUGUCUGGUGAAGAGACUGCCUAUCAGCAGCAGGAAGGUCCGGUGUUCCGCUACACCACAAGCGAGGUGACUGUGCAGCCCAGUCCUUGUCUGAGCUACAGAAUCCCGAGGGACUUUGUGGACCUUUCCACUGGAGAGGAUGCCUUCAAACUUGUUGACUUUCUUAAACUAAAGAAAAGCCAGCAGGAGGAAUCUGAAGAGGAGGAGAACCCUACACAGUGAUGUCAGCUGAAAUGUGUGUAUGAAGAGAUUUUUUCCCUGCUGUCAUUUAUUUUUAUACUGGUUUUUGUUUUCCCACUGCGGACUGUACCAGGUCCACUACGUUCCUGGCUGUGAAAUGGAACCUAUUAAAUUAGUGAAUCAUCCUACCGACUCAUGAAGAUCCCAUUUUUCUGUCAUGUUUGAUGACAGAUUCAUCUGCACAGUUGAUGGGACGAUGUUACAAUGAUGGCCUGAUUGUAUAUUAUUGACAUGAGUGCAUUUAUAAGUUAUAGACUGUUAUGUGGAAAAAUAUGGAACACUCUAUCGAAUAUUGACUUCUUCAAAUAUUUGUCUGGUGGUUUUUUUUCUCUGAAAGUGAUUUAAUUGCACCUAAACAACAAACAUUAACCUUGUUUUACUCAUUAUGUAUGUUUUCUAUCUGAGGAAAAAGUUAGGAUACGCUACCCCUAAUAAACAGGGUUAUCUGGCAUGGUUGAAAUUAUUUCAGUGAGAUGCUUCUUGUAGACAUCUACAAUCUCUGACAUCGGUCUGAGGAACGUUUCUCCCACUCUUCACCUUCAGCUCCCACCUCUGGACACUUUGUAACUUUUUUAAGUCAAAAUAUUUAAAUUAAAUCUUCUGAAAAUGGAAACUGUCUCGUAAAACACAUUAUUGUGUUUUAAGAAAGGCCUCGCUAAAUACAGAAAGCAUUAUUGAGGAACGAGUGUCCCAUAUCUUGUUUGUUUUGCUACAAAUUGACAAAAAAUCCAGUCUAAAAAUAUUCACUAGGCCAGGAAAACAUAAAACAGUCCAAAAAAUACUUUCUUUAUUACACUUUAUGUUUUUCUUUUAAUAAGGCAAACUUGGAAAGCCCUCUUCAUAUUUUAGAUCUGCAGUAAUUUACAGAUCCUGCUGGUCCUGCAAUGACACCUUGACGGUUUUGGAGGUGUCUUUUAGCAUCUUGCAGCCUGCUAUCAGGGUGAACUUGGACAUUUAGACCUGAUGAUGUUGGUAACUGGUUUGAAUGUCCUCCUCAUGUAGUUUUCUUUAAAUAGAAACGGCUGACCUAAAUACUUGAGAUUAAUAAUCUGCUAAAAUCUUCUCUGGUAAGAUCUCAAACAGCUCUUUGGAUAGCACCAUGGUGUUUUCCCUCCCUCCAAUAGUCAGAAGUGACUAACUAAAUGUCUAAGGUUUCAUUAGGCUAAACUACCUUAUGUGAUUUGCCUGUGUGUGAUUUUAGCCAUUUUUAGUGGGAAUUAAAACAGGGGUGUCCAAAAUGUAUUCCUGAUUGGAUACUGCAUUAUUAUGUAUGCAUAAAAUUUAAAGGUCAUUUGAUUUGUUUUUCUUUUUGAAUUUCUCAGUAUCAGUAGAAUUUAUAAUAUGUUCAAUUAUGUUCGAAAGACACCCCAGCCUUUAAACUGGAGCAUGCUCACUGUGUUGUUUGUGGGUUUUGAGACUGAUGAACUUCUCUGUUUACCAUUAAACCCCUUAAUCACUUCA